UCGCAUGGGACUUAGUCAGUCAGUGUUGCAUACCCAAUACCAGCCGCAAUACAAUAUAGCCGUAUAGAUACAGAUGUCGGCCAAGACGAUCUCGCAGCUGCAAAGGCAAUCCAUCCUGGACCCUUCGGACAAGUAUCGUCCGGAGACCGUCUAUUCUGGUAAAAUGGUCUCAGAAUUCAGGGACUACUCCACAGACCCACUGGACCCAGUGAAGGAACGCGUUCGGCAAACGUAUCAGAAGAUGCACACUUAUCAAACCGUCGAGUUUGUGAAAUCUCGCAUGGACAAAUGGCUGCAGUUCAACAAGUUCAAGAUGACGGUGAAGGAUGCGCUGAUCAAGCUGAACAGUCUGGUGGACGAGAGCGACCCGGACACCAACAUGCCGAACAUCGUGCACGCGUUCCAAACAGCGGAAUCUAUCAGAAAGGAGCAUCCCGAUCAGGAUUGGUUCCACUUGACUGGUUUGAUCCACGACUUGGGCAAGGUAAUGGCAUUCUACGGGGAGCCGCAAUGGGCCGUGGUGGGUGACACGUUUCCGGUCGGUUGCGCUUGGGCAGACUCGAUAGUUUACAGAGAGACCAGCUUCGAGGACAAUCCUGAUGGUAACGACUCGCGAUACAACACGAAAUACGGCAUGUACAAGCCCAAGUGUGGCAUAGGCAACCUGACGAUGUCCUGGGGACACGACGAGUACCUUUACCGCGUACUGGUUCAUAACAAGACCAAACUACCGAAAGAGGCUCUGGCCAUGAUUCGUUAUCACUCGUUCUAUCCCUGGCACGCGGGUGGCGACUAUAUGCACUUCUGCACCGCCGAAGACAUGGAGAUGCUCAAAUGGAUCAACGAAUUCAAUAAAUACGACCUGUACACCAAGAGCGACGACGUCCCAGACAUCGAGAAACUCUGGCCGUACUACGAGAAGCUGAUCGACAAGUAUAUACCAGGCGUGUUGGAGUGGUGAAGCCAAUCCUCUAUCGCUAGUAAACGGGAACCAAUCGAUCACCGAUCAACGGCAGCGGCGACAUCGGUAGAAGCGGAAACAAGACGAAGGACAGAACGUAUUUAUCGGUAGACGUGGCACUCAAUCGCCAGGGGAUUCGUCGACAGUCCGAAGCGCGCCAAUAUGUUCGUUUAUUCGUCUAUUUGGCGGGACGCGAUCGAAUCGCGUCGGAGUGACGGACAGGCGAGCGUGACUCGAUGAAAAUCCAAACGCGCCAAGAUGAGUAACGGGGAAGGACGAUGCCUCGUUCGAGAAUUUGACUCACCUGUCGAUCGAUAGCCUGGCCACACGCGAACCGUUUUCCAUUUGCCUCUGCGCUGACCGAGAGACCGAUUUCGCGUUCGUUCAUCCGCGAUCUUUUAACAUAUUCGAGACCGAUGUUUUAAUCUAUGAGUCACUCUACCCUUCCACUCGAUUCGGACCGUGGCUCAGAACAGAACUGCAAAAAUGAUGGCGGCUGCAUCCGACUUGUGUCACGCAGCUCCCUGUAACUAGAAAGUUUCAACAAUUAAUUCCUAUAAAAGACACCAGAGUUAAUCAAUAA